UAUCAGCAGCGCAUCUGGACGAGCCCCUCCAGAAUCAACGAUUUGCCUACGAAUUCUCGACCUUCGCCUCCCUCCCACACCCGCAACAAAUCUGCGCGUAGUUUUUCACCACCACCAUAACGCAGAGAAGACAGACCGAACUCGAGAACCGCGAUCAUGUCUGACGAAAUCGUCUGGCAGAUUAUAAAUCAACAGUUUUGCGCCUUCAAGCUCAAGACGACAAAGGGCCAGAACUUUUGCAGAAAUGAACACUCGGUCAGCGGUCUUUGCAACAGGCAAAGUUGCCCUCUCGCCAACAGUAGAUAUGCAACCAUCAGAUCAUCGCCCAAGGGCACGAUAUAUCUGUACAUAAAGACAAUCGAGAGAGCGCAUAUGCCAGCGAAAUGGUGGGAGAAGAUCAAGCUUUCCCAGAACUACGCGACGGCCCUCCAGCAGAUCGAAGACAAGCUCCAAUACUUUCCCAAGUUUCUUCAGCACAAGUGCAAGCAACGUCUUACGAGACUCGUACAAGUAGCGACCCGCAUGCGCAAGCUCGCCGCCGAGGAAGCCAGACUUGGCGAACAGCUCGUACCAAAGAUGGCGCCAAAGAUCAAGGCACGUGAAGCCGCCAGAGAACGCAAGGCCCUUGCGGCGGCCAAGCUGGAGAGGACGAUCGAGAGAGAGCUUCUUGAAAGACUGCGACAAGGCGCGUACGGAGACCAGCCCCUCAACUGCAAUGCGACUAUCUGGAAGAAGGUGCUCAAUGCUCUUGAGAACGAGGGCGAGGGCACCCGCGAUAAGGACAUGGACAAGGGUAUUGAGGAUGAUGAUGAGUCCGAGAAGGAGAUGGAGGAGGAGCUGGAAGAGGAGGACGAGGAAGAGGACGGAAACGUCGAGUAUGUUUCUGACUUUGAUGAAAGCGACGAAGAACUCGCGGAUAUCGAGGACUGGUUGGGCAGCGAGGAAGAGGAUGAUGCCGAAGACGAUGACGAUGAUGAGGAUGACAGUGAGGAGGACGACGAGGAGGAGGUCAAGAAGAAGGCCGGUGAUAAGCGGAAGAGAGGUCGGGCCGUCAAGCCAUCGGCACGCAAGAGGAAGGAGAUCGAGGUGGAGAGAGAGACAGAGCGGUCCAAGCUCCUUGCUUUCUAGAUAUGGGAAUGGACGGCAGGAUGGA